GAUUACAUAUAUCUCUAGUUGAUGGUUCCCUAAGAUGAAUUUGGAUUUUGACAGAUGCAUGGACUCAGGUACCAGAGUGGUGCAUGUACUCAGGCAAUCAACUGAAGGAGGCUGACUUUGUUGAUCCAGUGGAACUAGAAGGUGGAACUCCAUCACUAGAAGAACUGUGGGAGGGAGACAAUGACUUGAAAUGGAAAACAUUCCUUGCCUGUGUCCACCCAGUUUUAAGUGAAACUCGGAUUCGGUCCUUCCCACCACACAUUGUAGUACCCGUCGCAAUUCUCUUUUAUCUGCAGUGCAGUCAAACAAAGCCAAUACUGAAGGAUUGGGAAAUGAAUGCCUUGAUUGCCGCAUUCCUGUCGCCAUUAAGGGAUGAUUUGAACCAAAUCCGAGCAAUAGCUUUGCCGCGCAUUGAUGCUCGUGCAGUCCAUGUGGCAGCAAUCUUCAUGAAGGGACUAGUUAAUUUCUACUUCCUCAUAGCUGCAUGUGAUUUCCCUGUGGAUCGUAAAAAUGUGGUCCCUUGGGCAUUCUGGGAUGGAAAAGUAUUCCAUCAUUACUACCUUCGCGCAAAGUCUGGAGCCAAAAUAGAUGACAUGUGUGAACAUAAGGAGGAAAUACUGAAGCUCUUUGUGGAUAUCAAGACAAUGGUGGUGCCUCAUAUACCCCCACCCCCAGUCAUCCCCAAGCCACCUGCAGAAUCCCCAGAGCCCAAGGGCAGCAGUCCUGAAGACAGCCCCCACAAAAAGCACCGACGUGGUCACAGCAAUGCUUCCACAGUCUCCCCACCCCAGACUCCCCUUCCCCCCACUUCGCUAGCUAUUAACCAAAACUCAACCCCUUCCAAGGUAGCCUCCCAAGCAUCAUCACCCACAGCAUCACCCAGUUCCCCACACUUAAACAAACAAGUUGCCAAAUCAGCACACAUGUCCCCUCCUCCAAGAUCACCUGUGGCCAAGGCUGUGGCUGCCGGUAAGUCUCCCGCAAAGUCCCCAAAGAAAGCAGCCUCAUGAUUUGAGCAGAACACCUUACUGCUCUCUGGACGGGGUCACUAGUCACAAUAUUAUGAUCAUACUGAUCUCAUGUUAUUGAUGUGGAAUUAUGAUUUUCACAGUCUUUUGUACAGACAUCAACUCUUUGUUUUAUUUUUUAUUUUUGUGAAGUCAAGUUUAUUUUCUUGUUGCAUUUAUUGUUAUAUUUUUUGUUUGACAGAAGUUGGAAAUAUAAGGUGUACAUAUUA